AACGCAGAGAUGCUCAUGGCGGCCGCGGCGCGGCGGGAGCGAAGGCAGAUGCCGGAGGCCGCAGCGGAGCAGGAGGCCGGGCCGCGGCGGGGUACCAUGGAGACGCGGCGCGUGAUCGCGGUGCUGGACGAGACCAUCGCGCGCGCGGAGCAUAUCAGCCUCCUGCCGCACGUGGUCGCCAACCUGCGCGACCUGGCCCACGCGCUCGGGCCCGCGCUCACCCGCGCCCUGGCGGAGCACGACCUGUUGUGCCGCGCGGGCGACGAGGUGUACGCCCGCGACCUCACGGACGAGCUGUUCGUGCAGGGCCUGACCGAGUUCCGCGGCUUCCUACUGGAGCGGCUGCUGACCGGCCCGCGGGAGGAGGAGGCCCGCGCGCGGCUGGCGGCCGACGUGGCGCUGCGGGACCAGCGCAACGCCGAGGCCGUGGCGGCCCUGCGCGCGGAUCUGGCCGCAGCCCUCCAGAGCCGCGACGAGGAGAUUUGCAAGAAGAAUGCUGUGAUCCGGGAUCUCAAGACCCACUUGCACCAUUUGGCAAAGUUCUCUGAAAACCACAUCCUGCGCAGCAGGCAGGAAGCAGAGAAGCAGCAGAAAGGGGAGCUGCGUACCUCACAGGCAAAGUGUGCCAGGUUCCAGCAGGAUAUGCAGCAGCUACGAGCGCAACUCAAUGCACUUGUCACCGAGAACCGCGAGUCAGAACUGGCUCUCAGAAAGAAGAAGUACAAAGUGGAGAUGGAAAUUGAAAACUGGAUCCAAAAAUAUGAUGCUGACAUGGGAGAAAAACAGAUGGAGUAUGAGGAAGUUGAUGCUAUCUAUACUGAGGAGAAGGCCCAGCUGGCUCAGCUGAAGGAGAGAUAUGCUGUACUUGAACAAGAGUAUUCCCAGAUCAAGGAGGAAAGGAGGAUAGCCCAGGAGAAGAAGGAAAGAGCGGAGAGGGAGCUGGCUAUCAUGAUCCGUGCAGCCACUCGCAUCCAGGCCUUCUGGAAAGGCUACUUGGUCAGAUCACUGUUAAAGUCAAAGAAGAAAAAGAAAGGAAAAGGCAAGAAGGCAAAGAUCAAAAAAUAAACUACAACUCCACCUUUUUCUCUUCCCUUCUCAGCAUCCCAGACACUUCCCCAUAGAUUUCAACUACCCCCCCAUGUUAUCAUUUACCCUAUAGUAUCUAUUUGAUGGACAACCUGUCCAGUACAACAGAUAGUUCUUGUACACAAAUUUGAGACUGUAGAAGCGAUUCUAUCAUAAAUAAGUUUCAACCAAAAUUUUAGACUUCAUUUCUGGGUAGAAACAUCACUGGUCUGAAUUUAAAGUGAAAACUUGUGGUUCUGACUGGAUUCUGUCAGUUAAUGGAAAAAUUCUCAGUGGGCACUGAGUUUGUGCAUAGGUCCUUAAUGCCACUCAGUUUCUCUAUCAGUUAGGGAUAAUUCUCAUCCACACAAGGUGGGGGUUGAGACAGUUCACUAACAGUCAUUUCAGAUCCUUGGAUGGAAGAUAGGCAAAACAUUUUCCUUUGAAUAA